UCCGGAGAGUGCGUUGUGUCGCUGUAACCGUAUGGUGUAAAUCGGGCGAGGCUGCGCAAUCCACGAUAAAUUUAACUCGAAAGCUGGUUACCUCUGCAGCUGUACAAGUAACAGAAGACAAGGGCAAUAAGCCUUGGGAAAAGACUGAAGAGGCUACAUGGCAGUCAGACGAGGACACAUCAGGUACCUGAAGGUUUGUGAGGUUCAGAGCGCCCAGGGGAAUGACAGAGACGCUCAGACGCACAGCAGUAAAGCGGAGGUGUACGACAUGUCGAACGGUUACGAGGAUCACAUGGGAGACGAGGCGAAAGAUGCCAAGACGAACCUGAUUGUUAACUAUCUGCCCCAGAACAUGACCCAGGACGAGCUCCGCAGUCUGUUCAGCAGCAUCGGGGAGGUGGAGUCUGCCAAACUCAUCCGUGACAAAGUCACAGGCCACAGUUUAGGGUACGGCUUUGUAAACUAUGUUAACCCUAGUGAUGCAGAAAGGGCAAUCAGUACCCUCAAUGGGCUGAGACUACAGUCUAAAACUAUCAAGGUGUCGUACGCACGGCCCAGCUCUGACACCAUUAAAGAUGCUAAUCUGUACAUCAGCGGAUUGCCCAAAACCAUGACUCAGAAAGACGUGGAGGACAUGUUUGCGCGCUUCGGACGCAUCAUUAACUCGCGCGUGCUAGUCGACCAGGCCUCAGGUUUGUCUAGGGGUGUGGCCUUUAUCCGUUUUGAUAAGAGGGCAGAGGCAGAAGACGCCAUUAAGGCCCUGAAUGGUCAGAAGCCACCUGGUGCCUCUGAGCCAAUCACGGUGAAGUUUGCAGCCAAUCCAAACCAAGCCAAGAACUCACAGCUCCUGACCCAGCUCUACCACACACAGUCGCGUCGGUUCGGAGGUCCAGUCCACCACCAAGCCCAGAGAUUCAGGUACCCCGCAACCAGCCGUGGGCUCGGGGGUGCACAGAGGUUUUCACCCAUGAGCGUGGACCACGUGAGUGGGAUGUCGGGCAUGAAUGUGAGCAGCAGCUCCACCUCUGGGUGGUGCAUCUUCAUCUAUAACCUGGGUCAGGAUGCAGACGAGAGCAUCCUCUGGCAGAUGUUUGGCCCGUUCGGCGCCGUCACCAACGUCAAAGUCAUCCGCGACUUCAACACCAACAAAUGCAAAGGGUUCGGCUUCGUCACCAUGACCAAUUACGAGGAGGCGGCCAUGGCCAUCGCCAGCCUGAACGGCUACCGACUGGGCGACAAGAUUCUUCAGGUCUCCUUCAAAACCAGCAAAUCACACAAGUAACCCCGCAGAGACGGGGAGAGGCAGGCUGCACCGCGGCACUGAAAACAGAGCGCGGCUGCAAAAAUCCUUGUUGAAGUUUUUCUUUUUAGCGUUCUCAUGAUUUCUGCAUAAAGGCGCACGUGUGUGUGUGUGUGUGUGUGUGUGUGUUUGGGCAGGGAGACGUGAGGAGAGGUUUCUGUAAAGAGGCGUCCAGUCAGGCCCAAGGGUGGAUGGUGUUUUUACUGUUUUGUUCAUUGACUUAGUGAGUGUUUAGCCUGGUUAACACACUCACAGACCACACAGGCUCUGUGAGUCAAUGCAGCUCAACCAUUUGGUUUUUUUAUUUCUUUGUUCGUUUUUCCCCCUUAAUCUGAGUUUUAUCUGGCGUCUCCCGCUAAUUGACUGGAAUUUCUUAACUUGUGACAACCACUGCAGCGUAACAAUAAUCUUAAUUUAAGGAAGUGUGUGUGUGUGUGUGUGUCCGCUGCGUGUGCGUGUGCUUAACUCAUCUUUAUCACAUGUCCCUGAGCAGAGCCACUCUGCGGUAAAUACUCAUUAUACCCGUGCACAGGCGCGCGCACGUGUGUGUGUUUUCCUCCCCUCUCUCUGAGAAAUGAACAGGACAGA